AUGUUCAUGCCGCUGAACGCAGUGUGUGGCGACUGCGGACGUUCGUUCACAAGCCUUCAGGCCCGUCAGCAACACAUGAAUGCCCUCGGUCACCGGUCCCCCGAGUACGAAUGCGACACGUGUGACCGUUAUUUCGACAGCUGGGAGGAUGCAGCCCAACACAUGAACAUGCAGGGCCACUGGGGGGACCAGUUCCUCCGCUCUACAGAAAAUCUGGUGCAUGUCCCAAUGCCCCCGUUGAUCGCCAACUUUUGUAUCGAGCCAUUGCCAGAGAGCGAGACAUGUGGAGCGAUGCGCUUUGAUGACGUUCAACGACACGCCCAAGCCAUGAUGAACCCCGACCGGCUUCUCAACUAUUAUUAG